UUUGUUGUACGGAGACUGAGCCACAUAAAGAGAGCUGUGAGGCCUGAGGUUAGUAUGAAGCUGAAACAGCACCGGCAACAGCUGGCACAGCCGGAGUCCGACAUGGUGGAAAUGGGUUUUAUGGUGUUCAACGGCGGAGCACGGUGGUUGUUGGUGGAGCAGGCGUGCCGUGGAAGGAGGUUGUGGCGGCGGAGAAUGGGUCGACGGUUUUCAGGGUGGAUUUGGUGACGGCGGUGAGAUUCAAGAUCUUGGCUUGGAAGACCAAGAAGCAUAGAUUGGCUGUGGGUGCUGACGUUGAAGUCAACGACUUGGGUGAGAAAGCCUAUAAGAAGGGUAUAAGGCUCAGGUCCGGCGCACCGGAGAGACGGUGCUAUCGUGCGCGGUUGGGGCUGGUUGUUGUUUUUACUUUUUUAAAUUUGGCCCUUUUUAUUUAGCAUCGAUAAUCUCUCUCUCUCUGUCUGUCUCUCUCUCUCUCUCACUUUUGUUUAAUUUUGCGGUGAUGAUUACGUUGGAUUGGAUAGUGUAUUGUUUUUAGAUAUUUUUCUGUCGACUGUGAUUUUGUAUUUUUUUUUUUUUUACCCCUUUUUCCUAUAAUUGUAAUUUUUUUUUGGUACCCUUUUUUCCUUAUUAUAGGAGGAAGAUAUUCCACGUAAAGGUUUUUUUGUUUUUUCAAUUGAAUGUGAUGAUGCUAAUUUCAUUUGAAUAAUCUAUAUCUAUAAGCUAUCUAUAAAAGAACGCAAGCAAACAAUUCGCUUGAAUCUAACACUGUUUAGUUGUGAAUUUGAGAAAGUAAUAGGUAGUUAUAUUUUAUUUAAAAUUUCUUUUUCAAAUCAUCAAACCAAGCAGUGUUUUGGAAAAAUGAUUAAAAAUUAGUUUUUAAUUUUUUUUUAAAUUUGUUUUUGAAAAAAAAUGUGUAAAAAAUAUAAAAGUGAUGUAAUUCAAAAUAAGUUAAAAAUUAAUUUUUGACUUUUUAUUGUAUUUUCAAAUUGGCACUAACAAUAUAUUUGAUCAGAGAAUUUGAAAAAAUUCAAAGAAAAAAGAGAAAAAAAUGUGUGAAAUCAAACACAUUAACAAUAUAUUUAGUUGAAGGAUUUGAAAUAGAGAUUUGAACCAGAAAAAAAUGUAAAACUAAAUAAGAUAUAUUUGGUCUGUAACUGGAUGUUUCUCCUCAUUAGUCCAUACUUGAGUCCGUGUGUUUUGUUGGUUUCUUGUCCCCCCAAUAGUGGGAGUCCCUAUGUGAUGCAGAACCAAGCAGAGAUUCCAAGUGUUGUGAACUAUUUGGACCUUCAUAUUGGCAAAGUGGUGCUUCCAUGUGGUUUGCAUCAGAAUAGCUGGGAAUGGUGUUUGACCUUGAGAAGGGAUCCACCUUAUAUAUUGAUCUUGCGAAAUCUAACUCGAGAUCUAAGCGCUCAAGAUUUGAUGAUGAAAAACCUGGAUUGGAGAAGAGAAUUAAAGGAUUUUCAAGGGGCAUUCUUGAUACUGACGUAUAUGCGUAGCAAAAUCAUGAUGAUUGAUGACUGUAUAUCCAUAUCCUUGAUAGGAUCAGCUAAUAUAAAUGACAAGAGUUUACUUGGAUCAAGAGAUUCUGAGGAAAUUUGGUGGGGCACUCAUUCAUAGGGAUCAAGAAUGCUUGGAGAUUUCAUUACCAGAGGAAUUGUCGGGUUGGUUCUUGGGGAUGCAUACAUUCAGUGUUUCAAGACUAUCAACAAGAACAUGAUUGAGCUCAAAGAGGUUCGAUUCUGGUGUAAAUACUGGGUUUAGGAGGGCUCACCACAUGGGUUCUAAUUCUAAAUUAGUUGUUGAUUUCAUAGAAGGUUCAUCAGGGGUUCAUUUUCUGGAUUUCACUUGGAUGGAUUGGAGCCAAGAACUUCAGAGGUGGAGCAACCGACAACAUCAGCAGCUGAACAUGUGCAUAAGCAACCUUUUGUCAUUGGAGUUGCUGGAGGUGCAGUAUCAGGAAAGACUACAGUUUGUGAUAUGAUUAUUGAGCAGCUUCUUGAUCGAGUGAAGAUCCUCCCCUUGUGCUCCCUCCUUGCACUCCCUCCUUGCAGGGCCUUCGGGCCCACUUUUAGGCCCAAUUUUGAUAAUCCGAACCGUUCAUAUUUUAAGAUUUAUUCAGUAUAUCAUACCUGUAAAAAAUCAAGUUGAUCGGAUUUCAAAAAGCAUGUGUUCAGAAAAAUCGAACUAAAAACUAUUUUUUAAAAGAAUUUAAUAAACAGUUUUCCGAACACAUGCUUUCUGAUAUCCGAUCAACUUGAUUUUUUACAGGUAUGAUAUACUGAAUAAAUCUUAAAAUAUUAACGGUUUGGAUUAUCAAAAUUGGGCCUAAAAAUGGGCCCGAAGGGCCUGCAAGGAGGGAUGCAAGGAGGGAGUGCAAGGGGAGGAUCCCAAUUCGUUGGACUCUCAACAUUGAGAAAGGUUAUAUGUCUGACAUGGUUCGCUAGACAUGCUCCCAUUAUAUAUGCUUAAAGUCAAGGUAACUAUAUAACAAUGCAUUAGACAUCAAUUUUAUGUGUAAAGUUCCCUACAUUAGUUUGUCCACACUACUUUUAUUCUGAGAAGAUAAAAAUAAAUUUCUUAUUUGAAAUCUAGCUAUGUCUUAGUGUCCUUGAACAAUGAGAAUUAGAUGAACCAGAUACUUAGACACAUACCCUCACCAACAUGCGACUCAUGUAAUAUGGACCUCUCUUUCUUCAUUGGGCAAAUAGAUAAAGUUCGUUGGUAUGAUUUUUUCAUCACCACCACCUCCUUUGUAUCAUCUUUCAUUUUUU